AUGUCCAAAGUUCCUACAGAAACAAUCGAGCUCGGUAUUCGUGAGUUGAGUACCUAUGACGGAUGGGUCAAAGACAGCGAAGAGAAUGGUGUCACAUUGUACACCAAGAUCUUGUUCUCGGAUCGCUCCACUCCGAGUAUUAAAUUUACAGGAGUAGUAGAUGAACCUCUUGAAGAAGUCUUUGAAGUUGCCCGAAACAUUAACUACCGAAUUCAUAUGAACGAAACCACCGUUGAAGCCAAGUGGAUUGAACAACCUCAACAAACUCAAGAUGGAAAGAGCUAUGAUGUAUUCUAUACUCGCCUUAAAGGUCCAAAUUCACUGGUUUCCCAUCGUGAUUUAAAUAUUGCUCGUAUUUGGUGGUACAAUGAAGCUGAAAAGGCUUGGUGGAUGGUCAUGAGAAGUGUCAAAUUGGAUGGUCCUCAAGGAAAAGAGGUGAGCGGUGUGGUGAGAGGAGAAUUCUUGAUUCAAGCCUUCAAAUUUGAGUCUGUGAAUGAUGGAAAAUCAACCAAAUUCACCAUUGUGGCUCAAGUUGAAUAUGGUGGUUGGUUGCCAUCAGGUGUCAUUUCGUUCUUCCAAAAGAAAAUUCCAAUGGACAUGAAAACAAAGUUAAAAGCAGGUGUCCUUGCAUUGAGAAAGGAUCGUAGCAAGCAAUAA